AUGUCCUCUUCCUCCCCCACAGACCAGAUCGCAAGUGCGGUGGAGAUAAAGCAAGAAAAUGGGAUGGAAGCCACCCCCGAAGGAAAGGAGGCGCCACCAGAAGUGGUGGGGGGAGCCGUCGCAGCACUCAAUCCUCCGGCUGCCGCCCCUUUCCCCAUGGAGCCAGUGGGUUCCACGGCUGCUGCUAGCGGAGAGGAGGGGGCGGCGGCGGCAGUAGCGGCCGCGGCCGCAGCAGCGGCGGCCGCUGCGGCGGACCAGGUACAACUCCACUCUGAACUUCUAGCCCGAAACCACCAAGCAGCCGCGGCAGCCGCCGCCGCCGCCGCCGCCGCGGCUGCAUCGCAGACCCCGCUGGCUUUUUCCCCGGACCACGUCGCCUGCGUUUGCGAAGCAUUGCAGCAAGGGGGAAACUUGGACCGCCUGGCCCGGUUCCUGUGGUCUCUGCCCCAGAGCGACCUGCUACGUGGCAAUGAGAGUCUCCUGAAAGCCCGAGCCUUGGUCGCCUUCCACCAGGGCAUCUACCCGGAGCUCUACAGCAUCCUCGAGAGCCACAGCUUCGAGUCGGCCAACCAUCCACUUCUGCAGCAGCUCUGGUACAAGGCGCGCUACAGUGAAGCCGAGAGAGCACGGGGCCGGCCCUUGGGAGCGGUGGACAAGUACAGGCUGAGGAGGAAAUUCCCCCUGCCCCGGACCAUCUGGGACGGCGAGGAGACGGUGUAUUGUUUCAAGGAGAAGUCGCGCAACGCGCUCAAGGAGCUAUACAAGCAGAAUCGUUACCCGUCCCCGGCAGAAAAGCGGCACCUGGCCAAGAUCACCGGCCUCUCCCUCACUCAGGUCAGCAACUGGUUCAAGAACCGGAGGCAGCGCGACCGGAACCCCUCCGAGACCCAGUCCAAAAGUGAGUCAGAUGGUAAUCCCAGCACUGAAGAUGAGUCCAGCAAGGGACAUGAGGAUUUAUCUCCUCAUUCACUCUCCAGUUCUUCUGAUGGAGUCACCAACUUGAGCCUUUCCAGCCACAUGGAACCAGUGUACAUGCAACAAAUCGGAAAUACUAAAAUAUCAUUAAGUUCCCCUGGAGUGUUACUGAAUGGAGGCUUAGUACCUGCAAGUACUUCACCCGUCUUCCUCAAUGGCAAUUCCUUUAUUCAGGGACCUAACAGUGUAAUCCUUAAUGGACUAAAUGUAGGAAAUGCACAGACUAUGACUUUAAACCCAUCCAAAACUUCAUCAAGCAUUGUGAAUAAUGGUGCAUCCAUGACUGACAUCUUGGGAUCUCCUUCAGAGGAUGUAAAAGACUUCAAAGUCCUCCAGAGUUCCACAACAAAUUCUGCAGCAACAACAUCCUACAGCCCCAGUGUCCCUGCUUCAUUUCCUGGUUUGAUACCUAGCACUGAAGUUAAAAGGGAAGGCAUACAAACAGUGGCUUCUCAAGAUGGAGGUUCUGUGGUGACUUUUACAACACCCGUGCAAAUAAACCAGUAUGGCAUUGUACAGAUCCCCAAUUCAGGAACAAAUGGCCAGUUGCUUAAUGGAAGCAUUGGAUUCUCUCCUCUGCAGCUGCCUCCUGUUUCAGUGGCAGCUUCACAAGGUAAUAUUUCAGUCAAUUCAAGCACUUCUGAUGGGGGGACGUUUACAAGUGACUCUACCACAGCACAGCAAGGAAAGGUUUUCUUCAGCUCUCUUGCGCCUAGUGCAGUAGUCUACACAGUUCCAAAUUCAGGUCAAACAGUAGGAUCUGUUAAACAAGAGGCCUUGGAAAGGAGCCUUGUAUUUUCUCAAUUAAUGCCUGUCAAUCAAAACCAAGUCAAUGUAAACAUGUCUUCUGAAAAUAUCUCAAGCAGUGGCCUACAUCCUAUGGCCUCAUCAUUAGUUAAUGUAACUCCAACUCACAGUUUUUCCCUAGCUCCCCCUGCUCUACUGAAUGCAACGGAGUUAAACGCUGAUAUUAGUGAGAGCCAGCCCUUGUCUACACCUGUAACAAGCACAUCUACUGUGAUAUCUGUCAGCAACACCAACUAUGCAACUCUUCAGAACUGUUCCCUUAUUACUGGUCCAGACCUAAUGUCAAUUCCAAUGACCCAGCCUGCCCUUGGGGAAGUAGUUCCAGCAGCUGGAGACCGUGUGGGUCAUUCCUCCCCAGCAGUACAUGAGGAUUUUGUCAGAGAGCACCGGUUAGUUCUGCAAUCCGUAUCUAACAUAAAGGAGGAUUUCAUACCAAGUUCUGAGGACAAAGCCACAAGCAACUUAAUGAUGCUGGAUUCCAAAUCCAAAUAUGUCCUGGAUGGCAUGGUUGAAACAGUCUGUGAAGAACUGGAAACAGACAAAAAAGAGCUUGCCAAGCUCCAGACUGUCCAGUUGGAUCAAGAUAUGCAAGAUUUAUAA